AAUUUAGGAAAUUCGGGAAUCUCUUCAUUUUUCCCUCGGAUUUCCGCUUCUCUCUCGCUUUCCCCAAUUCCACCUCUCUUUUGACCACUUCCUCUUUUUCUUCAUAGUAUAUUAGAACUGAAAAUAUUCUGGCAAGAGGGAUUCCUCCCUCUAAUUCGCAUCCCGACAAUGCCUCCUCCUCCUUCCUCCGCCGCAACGACAACACCACCAACCAGACCCUUCCACCCCUCCGCCGCAGUCCUCCUCAUCUACCCAGCGACUCUAAUUCUAGGCUCUCUCUUCUCUGUUCUCUCCCCGACCGCUCAACCUGCCUCUCCACAGCCCUCAUCUGCCACAAACCCCCUGCCGUCGCACCACCAGCAACACGUGGCGAUCAACUACUUUGCCCGCAAGGACAACAUCUUCAACAUAUACUUUGUCAAAGUCGGCUGGGCAUGGAUGACUCUUGCCUUUGCCACGAUUCUCCUUGCGCAUCCGGCUUCCAUACAGAGACCCCGGCGACUUCUCCAGGCAGGUUUGCGGUAUAUCCUUGUGACGACGGUGUGGUAUUCCAUGACGCAGUGGUUCCUCGGCCCGCCCAUCAUCGAUCGCAGUUUUGUCUGGAGUGGGGGACGGUGUCGGCGGACUAUGAACAGCAUGGGUGAGAUGCAGACGGAGGGGGAUAGUGACGAACAACGUCUAGGUGUUUACUUGACCGCCGCGACUUGCAAGUCUGCUGGGGGUGCUUGGAGGGGUGGACAUGAUGUCAGCGGACAUGUGUUUUUGUUGGUGCUGAUCACGGCGGCGUUGGGAUUUGAGGUUCUGGGGUUGAUGGAGGCGCAGGCGGAGUCCGAUACUGGGACGGGAGCGGCAGAGAAGAAGCAAGAUUCUGUAGGUGGGUGGAGGAAGACGUGGCCGGUGCGGUUUGUGGGAAGCGUGAUUGCGCUGAGUUGGUGGAUGCUGUUGAUGACGGGUAUUUGGUUCCAUACGUGGUUCGAAAAGUUUAACGGGUUGGUUAUUGCUUCGGUUACGAUUUAUGCUCUCUACAUCCUUCCUCGACGACUCAUCCCAUGGCGCAAUGUGGUUGGUAUUCCAGGCGUAUAGACGUCGCGCCUGGCCAUCACGCGGCGCGUUUUAUAGAUGAUCUUAUUAUUUUCUUUCUUUUGGUAUUGUUGGGAUACAUAUAUGAUUCUGCAGAGCAUGUGCGAAUGCUGUAGAUUAACUACUGAAUGUACAACUCGUCGAUUAAUGAUCACUUAACUUUUUUUUUU